AUGAUGUUAGCAGCUGCAGAGGUGCUAGGGCUAAUGUCAGCUGAAAGGCGCGCCGCUGACAUCAGCAAAGGGUGUGGUAGUGACGAGGGAUUUCGGAAGGUUGACAAGCGAGACCCAUUGACAAAAAACCCUAGAGCUGAAACUGGGACUGGUUGUCAGGCCCGACUUUUUGUUAAAUUGGAUGUCAAUACUGGGAAAUUUGUUGUGAUUGAUUUCAAAGAAAAACACAACCAUGAACUUGUAUCUCUUGAUUGUACCCAUAUAUUGCCAUCGCAAAGAAAGAUAUCCACUACCCAAGCAAUUCAGUUAGACUUAGCCUUAGAGUCUGGUCUUCAUUUAGGGCAGACUUUUGAAUUCGUGGGUAAGGAAGCUGAUGGGAGGCAGUCUCUUGGGUUUUUGAAAUUAGAUCAAAAAAAUUACUUGAGAACCAAAAGGCAAAAAAGUUUAGUGAAUGGGGAAGAUUACAUUCAUUCUGAUUUUAAUUUAAAUGAAUUCUUCAUAUAUUUUGAAAGGGUACUUUGUGAGAAGCGGUACAAGGAGUUAGAAGUUGAAUAUGCUUUAUACCAAAGGUUGCCAAGGGUGAGAGCACCAUUUAGAAUGUUAAGUCAAAUGGGUAAUGUGUUCACUAAAAAUAUUUUUGAAGAGUUUCAAGAUGAGUAUUUUCUUUCUGUUGAAUCAGACAUACAAGCAAUUGAAUACUAUACACAAUUGUUGAUAUUAUUAUUGGAAAAAAAUGCAAGGAAAGUGAAGAUGGAGAUGGAUAGUUCUUUGGCUUGUAGUUGUACAAAGUUUGAAAGGAAAGGGAUUUUGUGCAGUCACUGUUUGAAGGUUGUGAGAGAAAUAUUGAAGCUGAAAGAGGUUCCUUUACAAUACAUUAUGAAGAAGUGGAUCAAACAAGCAAGAACAAAAGCUGUGAAGGACAAGUUGGGAUAUAAGAUUCAAGUAGAUGUCAAAUUCCAACAAGCCUCACGGUAUAAGACAUUAAUGACCGCAUUUAGAGCAAUAGCAUAUAGAGUUGCUGUAACUAAGGAAACUUAUGAUUUUUCUUGUUCAUAA